AUGACAAAAGCCGACAACACGAGCAACGCAGAGAAAAAUAAAGCUUCUGACUCCUAUUCACAGUUUACGGCCAUCUUGCUGGACUUGUUCACAGUCUUAGAACAUACCGACAAGGAAAUUGUAUCGCUGGUCGUUUUGCCUUUAGAUUUCUACGAACCACAACCUUCGGAAAUCUUACAAUCACUUCGAAAACACGAUUCCAAAGAGCAUUCUACAAGUAUUCAACAAAAAUAUCAAGAUGGGAAAUACGACUCCAAUCCGUAUGCACUUUUCCACGAUAUAAAAGUUGCUUGCUCGGUAUUGAUAAGCAAAGAGUCGCCGCAGUCUUAUAGAUACAAGGAGGUGGAUUUUUUUUACAAAUUCAGCACCGAGUUGUUGUUGAGGGAAACUGGUAACUUGGUGCAAAUUAUUACAACACAAUCCAACAGAUCAGAUUUGAAGAAUGAACUUGAAUCACACAUCGAAGAGGAGUUUGAUAAAAUCAUCUCCGAUUACUCAUUAAGCAAUGGUGAAAUCAUCACUUAUAUGCAAAAGAUAGAAGAAAAACAAGACCCACAAAAUCUGGGCAAUAUUUAUGAUCCUAAUCAUCAUCAUCAUCAUCAUCUUCAUAGCAAUCACCAGCACCUGAACCAACUGCAAAUUGCUAGACAAAAAGUUCAACCUUUGUUUACUUCAGUUUUGAACAAGUCAAGUUUGGACCAAACUCCUACGUUGAUCAAAGAGCCAUAUGGCGUGGCCAAAGUGGUACCCAGCGUUAAAGAUACAAGAACCAAUUCAACUCUAGAAAGUCUAUCACCGAUUACUGGGGUCAUCCCAUCUCCUUUAGAACAACCCACUAAUAUUUUACACGACUUUUUCCAUCCUACAUGGUACACAGUUGCUAUGCCAACAUGGUUGACCUACAAAGCUAUUGCAUUACAGCCAAAAAAUGUCUCCUACUACCAAAAAGAUGGAUUAAAUGAAUUACCACAGUUGAGCAUAUUACAACAACCAGGAAAUGCUUCUGCUUCUGUUUCUGUUUCUGCCUCUGCCUCUGCUUCUGCCGCUGUCGCAGCUACAACAGUAGCAACAACAGGCCCAAUCUGGGGGUCCGGUAACAAUUUCCGUUCUUUUGCUCCUCAAGUUGAUACUAGAGCAUCGAUUGUUGCAGAUAAGAUAAAGUCCAACAUCUGGUUGAGUCAUAUUGGCAAUGCAGCAAUUGAAAGACUCAAAGCACAAUUUGUGAAUGAAGUUCCACGCGUUGAGUCACAAAGUAAAAAUAUUCAACUUGCGACUAAGACAGCGGAGGGUACGGAUAAUCAAUUAGAGAGCACAGCCAUCAAAGAUGACGUUGAAACAAAAGGAAAUAUGGAACAUGAUAAUCAGGAAGGUGAAAGUGAAAAAAAGAUGGAAUCAAUCGAGGGAGAUUCGAAACAUGAAGUCAAUCUUGCCAAUCUUAUCAAGUGGGAUCCUACUUCUGUAGAUGAACUUGAAUAUUUGAAAAGCCACAAAAAAGAUUUACUUUCACCUCAGAAAUUGCAAAAGUUGAUAUCCAUUUCGCUCCUUAAGAUGAAUGCUUUGCGUCAAGAAAGGUAUUUUAAAAGCGAUGUUAGAAAUCCACUGCCUCCAGAUCGUCAAGAAAUUCAGUUAUACAAGAGAGUUCAAGAGUUGAUCCUAUUAGCUGUUAGACUUUACAAAGUCAAUCCAGGAGAUUUUAGUUUCAAAUUUAGUCAAAGAAUUCCGGUAUUGGUGAGCGAAUAUAGUGGAGUAUUACCAGGGGUAGCCCCUAAUAAAGUUUCGUCAGGUAGCAAUACUUUACACUCAGGCAGGUCGUCAGGGCGCGGACCUAAUAGCACGCGUGGGAAAAAAGCAAGGUAUCAACAUUAG